GUCUACUGAGCCUCGCGCGUAACAAGUCAAUUGUGUGGUAACUCAUACAUACACGCGAUUCAUUCCAUCCACACUGCCAUCUUUCCCCCACAACUUCCAAUCCCAUCCUCACUUCAAAUUUUCCCCUGCGACUCUCCUCAUCAUCGUCAUCAAUCAUGGGUCGUCCUGUCAACAUGGGUUACAUCGCGGGCAUGCCCUCCAACCCUUACCCCAAGCCCAAGGAGGUUCAGGCCCUCAACACGACCUGCGAGGUCUGUGAUCGCGUCAUCAAGACCAAGGACUGGUUGGCGCACAAGAACUCCAAGAAGCAUCGUCAGGCCGAGGAGAAAGUGAAGGAGAAUCUCCAGCCUGCCCAAGCUCCCAUCGCUGAUGAUGCCGGCAAUGUCGCCACGGACAACGGCUUCUCUAAUGAUGGCGGAUGGGGCACUGUAGGUGACAGCUUCGGAGAUGAUGCCACCGCUGGUUAUCACGCCCAGCGCGGCGCUAUCGAAGGAGGUGCUGGAGGCUGCUACCUCUGUGGCGAAGACGGCCACAUGAAGCGCGAUUGUCCCAAGCAGGGAGGUCAGCGCGGUUGCUUCAACUGUGGAGAGACUGG